AUGGAAGUAGUCGUCGGGUCGACAAGCCAAGAGAAAGCCGGGCUAUUUGCUCGUUUUCGGUGUUCGAUGAAGGGCUUGUCGGAGAAAUUCAAGACCAGAGUGAUUGAUAUGGCUAGACAGACUAAAAAACUAGCACAAGAUGACCCAAGAAGAGUGAUUCAUUCACUAAAAGUAGGACUUACACUUGCUUUAGUCUCGACAUUGUACUACUAUCAGCCACUGUUUGACAAUUUUGGUGAAUCUGCAAUGUGGGCUGUAAUGACUGUAGUUGUUGUCUUUGAAUUCUCUGUAGGAGCUACACUUGGUAAAGGAGUGAACAGAGGAGUAGCAACAUUAUUGGCAGGUUCUCUGGGUGUUGGAGCACAUCAUCUAGCCAGUUUGUCCGGACAUGUAAUUGAGCCCAUACUACUUGGAUUCUUUGUCUUCAUACUAGGUGGAGCAACAACAUUUGUACGGUUCUUUCCAAAAAUCAAGGCAAGAUAUGACUAUGGAUUGCUGAUAUUCAUCUUGACAUUCUCUUUGAUAUCUGUGUCUGGUUUUCGAGAAGAUCAAAUAAUAGAGUUGGCACACAGAAGGUUGUCCACCAUUAUCAUUGGUGGCUCUGCUUGCAUCAUUGUUUCAAUUUUGGUUUGUCCUGUUUGGGCUGGCGAAGAUCUUCACUGUCUAAUUGCUCUCAACAUGGAAAAGCUUGGCAACUUCCUAGAAGGGUUUGGAGGUGAAUUGUUUGGAGAGUCUAAAGAUGAUGAUGAUAAGUCAUUUCUAGAAGCCCAUAAAAGCAUACUUAAUUCAAAAAGUAGUGAAGAAUCCUUGGCUAAUUUUGCAAGAUGGGAGCCAUGUCACGGCGGAUUCCGAUUUCAACAUCCAUGGAAACAAUACCUUAAAAUUGGAGGUUUGAUUCGCGAAUGCGCCUACCGUAUCGAAGCUCUUCAAAGCUGCCUUAGUUCUGACCACCCUCAAGCAACAACACAAGUUACAAGCAAAAUAAAAGAUUCCUGCAUGAAGAUGAGCAUGAAUUGUGGUAAAGCACUGAAGGAACUGGGUUUGGCAGUCAGAACAAUGACUAAACCUGCUUCCUCUGCCGAUGCCCACAUUCAAGAAUCAAAAUCUGCGUCCAAGGAUCUCGCGUCGUUGCUCAAAUCAGACAGUGCUGAUCUAUUAACUGCAAUACCAGCUGCUGCUGCCACAGUAGCUUCACUACUACUCGAUGUGGUAGAGUGUAGUGAGAAAAUAUCAGAAUCUGUGGAUGAACUCGCAUCACUUGCACAUUUUAAGGCUAAUUAUGUGUUGCCGGAGAAGAGUGAAGUAAAGUCCUCCAGUAAGGCUGUUGAUUGUCCUCCUGAUCAUGUUGUCAUUGAUGUCAGUGAAGGAAACAGGAAUAAUUCAUCUGUAACAUUAAUCAGUACUACACAUGUUUUAGUUACUUGGAGAGGUGAUGUGUCCAUUUUCUUUAUGUAUUAUAUUGAAGUGGAGGACUCAAAAAAGGUUCAUUUUUGCAAGAAAGAGCACGUUAUAUUGGGCCCAGUACGGGCUCAAUCAAAGAGAUUUCGAUUUGUCAGCUUCUUAGCUCCCGUGUGCGACUCCUUACCUUUGGCUUUUCAGAAGAGUGAAGGAUGGAUAAAGGAUUUUCCACUGAUUAGGUUCAUAUAUUUCAGGCUAAUUUCGCAAGGUGGGAGCCGCCUAACGGACGGUUCAGGGUUCGCCUACACUUGA